AUGGCGCACUUCCUACUGACGACGCUGACUGAUAUAACUGCCGGAGCCCUCUUCGCUGCAACCUUCCUACGUCGCAUUUCCAAGAAAACUCGAUCUCCUUCAGAUAGCAUGGAUCAGAGGCGAUUUGCUUCUGAGUUUGAACAGCUAGCUGUUUCAAUUUUGGAUGCCUGCUACUUCAACAAUAAGGAAAAUACAAUGCAACUGUUGGUGAUGGAGAGAAGGAGUUUUGCCAUGCUCUCCUGUCUGAUGAUUGCGUCGGAGGGUAACUGCAGGGAGUUCAUGCAGCACCGAGCCUGCCAGGAGUACCUGGAUCGCGUGUGGGCUUACAAACUUCUCAUUAAAAGGCUAUCUGGAAGGUUUAUCUUGAGCCUUGUGGUCGGAGCUGUAUUUCCUCCAGCUGUUCCCUUCGUGGCCGAAUACGAUGAAUCGAUGUAUGGCAAAUCAGCUAAAUCACGUGAAGCGGUGAGGUUAUCUAAUUCCUGA